CAAAAUGGCGGCGAACGAAGAAAGCAUUUGUGACCAAGAGAAAGCUCUGGCUCAAGUCAAACAGCUUAUACGCACCAUUCCAGACUUCCCUAAACCUGGAAUAAUGUUCAAGGAUAUUUGCCCUAUUCUUAAAGAUCCAAGUGCUCUUAGGACAGUAACGGAUGUUAUUACUGAUCACAUCAAGAAAAACCUUGGAAAAAUAGAUGUUAUAGCCGGUCUUGAAGCAAGAGGUUUUUUAUUUGGUCCACAAGUGGCAAUGAACUUAAAUGUGGCCUUUGUUCCCAUUCGAAAGGCUGGAAAGCUUCCUGGGCCAACGUUUAAAGCUAAAUAUACUAAAGAAUAUGGAGAAGAUGUCUUUGAAGUGCAGCAAGAUGCUUUCACUGCUGGGCAAAAAGUAGUGAUUAUAGAUGAUCUCAUUGCUACUGGAGGUAUGAUAAAUGAAAAUGUAAUGAUAAAUGAAAAGCAACCCUNGUGUGCAUCACAAUUGUUCUUCUGA